AUGUCCCGGAGGACGCUGGGCGGAGGUCGUGUUCUAGGCACUCCGAACGCGCUCUCAUCAGCCCCGUCCCCGCAGCCGAGGCCAAGGGUGCUGUCGCCGACCACCAGCAGUGUUUCACUUAGCUCCCAGGCAUCCGCAUCUCAGUUCUCAUCGGAAACCCAAGACCUUACUUCGCGCAUAUCCUUGGAGAAUGGCGAUACCUCGAUAUCGGCGGCGCCGGCCGCGCCCGGAGCUCAGCUCUCUUGUCCGAUCUGCAAUGAGGAGAUGGUGACAUUGCUACAGCUUAAUAGGCAUCUCGACGACAUCCACCAGAACCUAGAAGAUGACACACAAGAUGAGGUCAAGGACUGGUUCAAGGUGCAGAUGGAGAAAGCGAGGCGCUUUCAGCCCCUUGCUGUGCUGAAUCAGAAGCUUAAAGGUCUGGAUGUGUUCGAGUCAAACGAGAAUCAGACCACGUCGGUCGCAAGUCGCCCUUUAGCACCUCACGCAGCAGCUUCCGAACCUCCGAUUGCCCCAAAACUACUGGAUCCCGAGGACCUCAUCACGAAGGAACACUGGCAAGCUGCUUGCCUUUAUGAUAACUGCCUGGAACCUUCGUGCGGGAAACGACUCAAUGCGACCAAUGGAUGCGUGAACUGCCGGAAAUGCGGGAAGCUUUUCUGCGAGGAACAUACAAUGUACCAGAUGAAGUUAUCGAGGUCGGCACAGCAUGAGCCCAUGAGAGGGAUUUGGGCCCGAGUCUGCGAAACUUGCUACAAGUCGAGAGAAGGGUAUAACGAUCAUAGUGGGACGACAAGAGACCACACAGUCAUGUUCAAAGCUAUCAGAAAGCAGACUGUGGACAAAGAUUUCCUCGAAGUCUCUAGGCUUGAAAAACGGUUGACACGUCUCACGCAGCUCUUGGCCAGUCUACCACCUGAUCAAAUCCAGAACAGUUCAACUAAACUGUUCUCCAUCGCCUGGCAGAGUGAUCAGCGGAAAGCUCUGGAGCAGACAGUUGUUAGUUGGCAGGACGACGCCAGCGUUUCACGAUGCCCCUUCUGUCAGCAAGAUUUCUCUGGAUAUUCCUUUCGGAGGCACCACUGCAGAACUUGCGGGCGUGUCAUCUGCGGCGAUCCCAACACAGGCUGUUCCAGUGAAGUUGGGCUGAGUAUAGCCCCUGUUUCAAAAGCAUCUGAAAAGUCCCCGGCGAAGAAUCGUAUUAAUGUCGAUGUGAGGCUUUGCAAGGAAUGCAAGACUACCAUAUUCGAUCGCCAAGAUUUUGAAGCAGAUGUCUCGAGGAAACCCCCCGAGGUCAGGGCGUAUGAGAAUCUGGUCCAGUUUGAAAGGGGCAUCCGCCUUCACUUACCCAAAUUCCAGAAGCUCCUUACUGCAUUACAAGAUCCAAGGCGGCCACCGUCUUCCGCACAGAUUGCCGACGCUUCGAGAGUCCGCAAGCGGCUCAUUGAUUCAUUUGCAAAGUACGAUGUUGCGGCUCGGCGAAUCCGUGACAUGCCUACCAACUCUCCUUCUCAACAACGAUUACAGAAAGCCAUCUACCAGCAAGCCAGCAAUUUCCUGCAUCUACAUAUGCUACCUUUGAAAUCUCUCCCCAAAGUUCUCAAGCAUGCGUCUCCAGGAGAUCUCAUCUCCAGUCGCACCUCCUCCCCAAGUACACCGGUCAACGGAUCUCCAGCCGCCGUCCGACCACAAGAAACUGCACUUGCUUCCAUCAAAUAUAACAAUCGGCUUGGUGCUGGUGGAAGCACCAGCAGCCUAACCAGUGAUACUAGCAGCGCCGUAUCAGCACUUGAGGCAGAGGAAAAGUCUCUCCGAGAACGGCUGAUUGUCCUGGAGGAACAGAAAUUCUUUGUGUCUGAAAUGAUCUCCGACGCUAAUCGACGGCGCAAAUUCGACGAGGUGAGCAGUUUAGCUGUCAACAUUGAAGAUCUUAGCCGUGAGAUCGACCGCGUCAGCGGAAUGCUCGCCGGUCUCGAUUUCGAAGGCGUCUACACCGGCAAUUUACAGGUCAACGUUUAA